AUUAAAGCAGGAGCUGCUGCAGCUGCACACACACAUCGAACUUCCUCCUCCUCUUCCUCUCUCUCUUUUUAUCUCCUUCUCUUCUUCAUCACUGCAGCUCUCGCCGACGGCAGGUCCACUGGAUGGUGGAGACCUUUUAUUCCUCCCUCCAUCAUAUACAUAUAUUCACACAGAGAGAGAGAGAGAGAGGGAGGGAGAGACAGACACACUCACGCAGGACCGCGGAAUCGCUGUCCGGGCUGUAGUUCGGGACGCCACGCAUUCUCCGGAUUUCAGCGGACCUCGGUAACCUCAGAGCCCCUCUCCAUCUGCCGGACUGCUGCUUUUAAAGUGCUGGUUGUGUUUGAGGCGGAGCGACACAGAAAAGAAGAGCGGACAACUUGAUUAUAGGCAAUUGAACUGAUUAGAUGAUAGGCCUGAUGUGGAUUUGUCAAAGAUGAACCGCGUCGAGACGAUGCGCUGAGACGCAAACGGCCCAGGCUCUCCGGUUGUGCGCUCAUCCAGAGGCUACAGCUAACGGAGAGAGAGAGAGAGAGAGAGAGAGAGAGAGAGAGAGAGGAGGGGGGGGUGGACUGCGGAAGAAAAGAGAGAGGGGAAGAAAAAAAAACCCACAAGAGGUUUCUGAUCCAUAAAGGUUGUGCCUGACUCAAAAAGGAGCGAGUCUCGCCCCUGGAACAGGGGGCGGAUAAGCGGAGAGGUAGAAGUCUAUCCAAACGAUGGCCACCCUACUGCGGAAGAUCGGUCUGAUCCGCCUGCACGACCGAGACACGGAGGAUCCGAAGCACCACCAGGGCUCGCUGAAGGGGACCAAGGGGAACCAGAAGAACAACGCCAACAAACACUGUCAGACCGCCAACGAGACCAACCUGCUGAGCACCCCGGAGAUCAAGGCGAGGAAGCUGGACCAGCACGGCAAGGACAAGCCGGCCGGCAAAGACAAGCAGGGCAAGGAUGCGAAGGAGAAGCAGCAGACGGUGGGUGGAGGAGGAGGAGGAGGUGGUGUUGGCGGCGGAGGAGGAGGAGGUGGCGGCGGCGGGAGCAAAGCCCCCAGCGCCUCCUCCGUGCCGCCGCUGGCGCCUCACCGGCAGCACUGCACCCAGGUGCGGACGCGACGCCUGAUGAAGGAGCUGCAGGAGAUCCGGAGGUUAGGGGACAACUUCAUCACGGUGGAGCUGGUGGAGGACAACCUGUUCGACUGGAACGUCAAGCUGCACCAGGUGGACAAGGACUCGGCGCUGUGGCAGGACAUGAAGGAGACCAGCACCGAGUUCAUCCUGCUCAACGUCACCUUCCCCGACAACUUCCCCUUCUCGCCGCCGUUCAUGCGGGUCCUCACGCCGCGCCUGGAGAACGGCUACGUGCUGGACGGCGGGGCCAUCUGCAUGGAGCUGCUGACCCCCCGCGGGUGGUCCAGCGCCUACACGGUGGAGGCGGUGAUGAGGCAGUUCGCUGCCAGCCUUGUAAAAGGACAGGGCCGUAUUUGCAGGAAAUCAGGAAAGUCCAAGAAAGCUUUUAGUCGUAAAGAGGCCGAGGCCACAUUCAAGUCCCUGGUGAAGACCCACGAGAAGUACGGCUGGGUGUCCCCACCCAUUUCCGACGGCUGAGUAUCCGGCCGCCAUCCCUCCACCCGCCCGUGCUAGCCGGAGAGAAGAAGAAGAAAAAAUACAAGCUAGCCUCGACGCGCAAAACAACACACCAUGCUAACUCAAAAAUGACUCAUCUUCACUUUUGGCUGUUUCACGCAACGGUUUUUUUUUGGUAACGUUUUUUCAUUAUUACUGUUACCACACUACUACAGAAGCGAUUUUAGCUUUUUUUCUUCACCGUCUUGUCCAGGGAAUCUUUCUGCUAACUCAGAAAGAGGCAGCAGAGCAAGGAGGGUGUUCGUGUCUGAAUGUUUCACUUUAAAAGAAAUCAGCUGGGAAUGUGCGUCACUUCCAUCGGAUUUAUUUAUUUCUUUUCUUUUUCUUUUUCCCCCAGCACACACUUAUGUAGGUGCAGCCGGACAAAUCGGAUAUGCGAACUUUUUUUUUCCACACCAUGUGAAAGACUACUGAAUAAAGGAGACUCAUCUUUCUCGCCAGUCCUCUCUUUAGCACUGAACUGGCUACAACCAACCAUUCGUGUAGCUCUCGGGUCAUUUCCAUACAAAUUAAGCUGUUAAUGUUUAAUAGACGGGCAGCGCACUGGCAUUUAUACCCACUUGUUCCGUCAUUCGUUUAGUUUUUCUCCCUCUCUUGCUUUCGACUGUGCCGUUGCUCACGGUUCAAUGCAACAUAACGAUUGUAAUUUACAUGGAGCUGUGCUCUUACGCUUUCUUCUUUAACUUGCUUUGUUUCUCUUUCUCUCUCUUUCCUUCUCUUGUGGCUAAACUUAGAGCUGUGUUGCGUAGAUGGAUUUAAAAAAAAAAAAAAAAAGUCUCACGUUGCUUUAUGCAAAGACCUUGUAUGAUAAA